GUUCGUUCUUCACGGACAAACCGGAAGGAUUCGAGUUUUUUUUUUCUUAGACAACAAUCGAGCUCAGUAAAUCAAAUUCCACUCGUUUUGGUUGACACCGAGAUUGCACUCAGCACCGACCCGUGUUCAAACCCUCCGACGAGCUCUCCGGCAGCCAUGUACGGCGGAGAUGAAGUGUCAGCUAUAGUGGUUGACUUGGGUUCGCACACUUGCAAGGCUGGCUACGCCGGCGAAGAUGCUCCCAAGGCCGUCUUCCCUUCCGUUGUUGGGGCAGUAGAUGGAGUUGAGCCAAUGGAUGUGGAUGUUGAUUCUUCAAAAAAAGAUUCUAAUUCCGAGGAUUCAAAGUCUGACAAGGAGAAAAGUAAACGCAAGCUCUAUGUGGGAUCUCAAGCCUUGAAUUACCGCCGGGAUCAUAUGGAGAUCUUGUCACCGAUCAAAGAUGGUGUAGUUUCUGAUUGGGAUUUGGUGGACAAUAUAUGGGAGCAUGCUUUCAGGAGUUGUCUGAUGAUUGAUCCUAAGGAGCAUCCCAUGCUGCUUGCUGAACCUCCUUUAAACAAACAGCAGAGAGAGAAGGCGGCAGAGCUAAUGUUUGAAAUAUACAAAGUUCCAGCGUUGUUCAUGGCUAAGAAUCCUGUUCUCACGUCUUUUGCUACUGGGCGUGCUACUUCAUUGGUUGUUGACUGCGGUGGAGGAUCCACAACUAUUUCACCGGUGCAUGAAGGCUACGUCCUUCAAAAGGCUGUUAUAUCAAAUCCAAUUGGAGGGGAAUUUCUCACUGACUGCUUACUGAAAAGCUUGGAGAGUAAAGGAAUUAAAAUAAGACCUAGAUACUCUUUCAAGAGAAAGGAAGUACGAGCAGGGGAAUUCCAGGUUGAAGAUGUAGGUCUUCCUGACACCACGGAAAGCUACAAGCUCUUCUGCCAGAGGAUGAUAGUUGGUGAUAUCAAGGAUUCUAUUUGCCGGGUUCCUGAUACUCCCUAUGACGACAAGUCAUAUUCAAACAUCCCAACUACAUCAUACGAGCUCCCUGAUGGCCAGACACUCGAGAUUGGUGCUGAUAGGUUCAAAAUUCCUGAUGUGAUGUUCAACCCCUCCAUAGUUCAGACAAUUCCUGGAAUGGAGAAGUAUGCAGACAUGAUUCCUUCUGCUCGUGGGUUGCCACACAUGGUCAUGGAGAGCAUCAACAAAUGUGACGUGGACAUCCGAAGAGAGUUGUAUAGUAGCGUACUGCUUGCCGGUGGCACAUCAUCAAUGCAGCAGUUGAAAGAACGUCUUGAAAAGGACUUAAUCGAAGAGUCUCCUCACUCGGCUCGGGUCAAAGUGUUGGCGAGUGGUAACACAACAGAAAGAAGAUUCAGUGUAUGGAUAGGAGGGAGUAUAUUAGCAUCACUAGGCUCGUUUCAACAGAUGUGGUUCUCCAAAUCCGAGUACGAGGAGCAUGGCGCUUCAUACAUCCAGAGAAAGUGUCCUUAAAGCUGCAGCAGCUUCAGAUUCUGCGGAACCUAGGAAGACCAAAAAACCUUAGCUAAUGUGUUCAUCUCAUGGAUUCACUAUGCUGUUCUUGAUACAUUUUCUAUCUUUUACCUUUAUUGCGAGUUUAGAACUUCGACAUUAACAUAACAAUUUUAAUUUCUAGUGCUAUUUUUUUUUUUAAGAAAACAA